AUGGCCUCUCUCCGCGUCCUCCUCCUGUCCACGAUCUCCGCACUGGCGGCUGCGGCAUCUGAAUGCCGCUGCGGUGAUGCUGCGUUUCUCGGCAUUCCUCGCGUCAAUCUCACCGCCCCUGAGCAACUGAAGCCAUGCGCGCCUUAUAAAUUGGUUGAUGCCCGAGGCUCUGGAGAGCCGCAGGGCGUUUCCCUCAUGUUUCAAGUCGCCAUCGAACGCAUCCUUGCCAACGGCACCGGGGCUGUCAGUCAGUCCGUCGCGUAUCCCGCGGGUUUCGACCAGAACGUCACCUCUGGCGUGCAAAACACCGUCGACAUCAUCAAGUACGGCCUCGACGAUUGUCCGGACCAAAAAUUCUUUCUCCUGGGCUAUUCCCAGGGUGCAACCGUCGUUCUGGAAGCUCUUGAGAAGAUGGAACAGGCGUCUUUGGCGGCUGUGAGCGGUGUCGUUUUCGUCGGCAAUCCCUACCGCAUUCCCGGCCGACGCUCGAACGUCGACAGCCAGGGUCGCCCCGAUAACCGCACUGCCUUCGGCCUCUUUGCGACUCAUGCCAUGCAGGCCAACCAAAGCAUCCCGACCUAUAACGAAGAGUUUGACCAGAGUGGUAAGGUCAUCGACACCUGUCUCGAGGUUAGCACUGCCCCUUUCGUCAGACAUCAUCAUGGCUGGCGCUGA